UAUAAAGUUCCGCAGCGCGUCUCGAGUCACUCAACUGAUGCUGUUGUUCAGCUGUCCUCCUCAGCGCCGAGCCUCCUCCUGACAGCCGGAGAACCCGAGGAUUUAGCCAACGUGACACCCGCCUCUCUCCAGAGUGUCCCUGAACCUCUGUCACCAUGAAGGAGAGAAGAACCCCGCAGCCUUGCGUGGCGCGGUGUAAGCUGGUGCUGGUCGGGGACGUCCAAUGCGGUAAAACAGCGAUGCUGCAAGUGUUCGUGAAGGACAGCUAUCCAGAGACUUACGUCCCCACUGUGUUUGAGAACUACACGGCCAGUCUGGAUCUGGAAGACCAGCGUGUGGAGCUCAGUCUUUGGGAUACAUCAGGAUCACCGUACUACGACAACGUCAGGCCCCUCUGCUACAGCGACUCGGACGCGGUGCUGCUCUGCUUCGACAUCAGCCGGCCGGACACCGUGGACGCCGCACUGAAGAAGUGGAAAGCAGAAAUUCAGGAUUUUUGCCCCAGCACUCGAGUCCUCCUCAUAGGCUGCAAGACAGACCUGCGCACAGAUGUUUGCACACGCAUGGAGCUGUCCCAUCAGAAACAGGCUCCAAUCUCACAGGAACAGGGUUCAUGCUUUGCCAAGCAGCUCGGAGCUGCUGCGUACCUGGAGUGCUCGGCCUUCACGUCAGAGAAGAGCAUCCACAGCGUUUUCCGUAGCGCAGCUCUGGCCUGCACGAACAAACUGCAGGUGGCGGAAAAACUCAGCCCGGUCCGCCGCCUCUCCAAAAGACUGCUACACCUGCCCAGCAAGACAGAGCUGCUGUCCUCCAGCUUCAGCAAGGACAAGUCCAAAAGCUGCUCCAUCAUGUGAAGCCCACUGUGACGUGCCUGUGAACUGCACUGCAGCUGGGUCGGUGCGGGAAACAAAGCAAUGAUGCAAACUUCAAAUAACUUGUUUUUUUAUCCUCAGCAAAUAAAAGGUGUAGAUUCAACUUUAACAUUCAAUCAUAUCCAAACUGCUUUAAAUCAGCAAAAAUAAUGCCAGACGUUUCAUGUUUCCACCUCCCUUUGACUGCGUUUAAGUGAUAAAAACCUGUUUGUAGCUUCGUUGUAGUGCCCUUUCCCUUCCAUCACUCUGCCAUGACGUCUGGUAAAGGUCACACUACAGGCUGAGUGACAAGAUGAAGUGUAAAAUGCGAAAGAGUAAAAUGCAGAGAUUGAGAAAAAAAAAUCCCUCAGACGACCUGUUACUAUUUACAGAUGAGAAUGGAUUGCAGACUCAAAACUCCAAAAUGGUAGGAGGACAAACAGAAGAUCCAAGGUGGUGUAACACUCACCAACCUUCUAUGAUCAAACCUUUUUCACCGCAGAAAAAACGUUAGGAGUGUUUCCGUUUACUGCAGCUUUCUUUCUAUCUUUUAAGCUGUCUUCAAAAUGAUCUGCAGCCCUCAGAGAAAGCACAUUGUGUCCCUCGAGCAGAAUCCCGUCAGUUGGAGGUUGAAUUCCCGUCCUUGACAUCCGACUGGUUGUCAGGGUGUGUGUCAUACUCUGUUAGUGAAAGUUACAUGAAAGUGUAAAUGUUCGUCCAUUGUUUGUGGAGGAGGUUCAGUCAAAAAGACGACAAGAGCAAGAAAACAAAUUACUUCACCACUUACUGCAUUAUAUUGUGCAUUCACCAUUUUUAGUGGUCUCCGAAUGCAGAGUCCUAGAAAUUUCCCAGAAGUCUCUUCGCAAAACCAGCCUGUAUCGAUGCCCACUAGAUUGACGAUUAUAGACCACAAUGCAUUGGAUGUGAACACUUUAUUUUUACUUAUUAUUCCUAAACUGUCCAAGUUUUCAUCAUCAGAAGACAUUCAUAAAUAAUCUUUGUAAAAUGUUCAUAUUUAUUAGGUUUUUACUUUGGGAAUUCUGUGACGUCAUCUUCUCUGUUUAAAACAAAAAAGAAGUGAGCAUGGUGUCCAAACUGCUUUGAAUAUCCAGGGCACUAGAUUGUCCCACACUAUAUCCUUUUUUUUAUCAGUUAGGGAAUAGUGAGUCUGAGUCGACAUCUUCCAGGUUUUGUUAGCUUAUUGAGAAGCUGCCAUGAAAUACACAAUUUCACAUUUUUAAGUGUAAUGUGGCUCCGACUUUUGAUCAUUUUAAAAUGUUGGCUGUCUCAAUAACCAGAUUUUCUUUUCUUCUCUUUAUAUGUGUAGAUAAAUAUCAAAUGUUGAGCCAAAUCUGUUCGGUUUUCAAAUUGUGAUCCUCUAAUGGAACCCAUGCUGACUCAAACAGUGGCUUAAGUUGAAAAUGUAACACUGAAGUUUGAAGCCGUCUUUUUGUUCUUAAAGAAGACAGUUGGAAUUCCCUGUGAUCCACUGAUCUUUUCUUUCUUGCUGGUUUCUCAAAUUUCCACCCAGACUAAAUUUUCCAACAAAUUUCUCCUCUAAACAGGCUGGUCCUGUCCUCUUUGGUUUCGUUUUUGACCUCCAUGGUGAAAACAUCCCCUCUCCGUGCCUCUCUGGAAGCUGCGGAUGUUUUCUCCACUGAAGUCUUUUGGCAUCAGCCGCCGCUGACAGCUCGGCUUGCGGAAGACUCCACGAUUUGCAGCCUGCAAAAAGAGCAGCGGAAUUUAAAGCGUUGCUUAGCAACAGGGCUGUAGUUGUCUCUGAGAUGGAGGGAGGGACAGACUUACCUUUCUUUUGUAGCAUCAGAAUGAAGUUGAUGCCGAGGCUGAGAGGCGAGCGAAUUUCUACGCAGACGGGGUUGAAAGGACCCCAUGCUUGCUGACGGCAGACGUGCACGGGCUGUCAAAGGCAAAAGGGGGGAAGGUGAGGUUCUUUUGUAGCCAUCACUACAAUUUAGGCAGCAUAAAAAGUUGCCGUCUUUAUAUUUCUGUCAGAUUUUGUCAUUGUUGUGAUGUAUCGUUUCUUGGUUUUGUAUGUUUUGUACAUAUCCUUCCUCAUAAAGCUGCUUCAUUACAAAACCCAAACAACAUGCUUGUAUGAAGCUACCUAUCAUGACUUAAAUUAUUGACUUUGAAUUCUGUAUUUGUAAUCGUCAUGCUAUCUUGAAAACUUUUAUUUAUAUAAAAAUGACUGAAUUCAUA